AUGGCAGCGACGGCGGCUAUGUCAUAUCACUUCUCCUCCGUGUCCUCGCCGGACACAGUUUCUCUCUCCUCAGCAACUUCACUCUCUCGCUCUCUCCAUACCGUUCGACGAUUUCCUGGCGUUUCUAUCUCCUCUCCGGCAAUCCGUCGACGAAUCUCCUGCCAGACAGUCUCUUCUUAUCCUUCAUCUUCUGUCAAUGAAAAAACAAAGGCAGGUCCCAAGGAUUUUCUGCACAUUGAUGAUUUUGACAAGGACACUAUUCUAAGCAUCUUGGAUCGAGCCAAGGAAGUAAAAGCAAAGAUAAAAUCAGAAGACAGGACAUAUCUCCCAUUCAAAGGCAAAACAAUGGCAAUGAUAUUUGCCAAACCAUCCAUGAGGACACGAGUUUCAUUCGAGACUGGAUUUCACUUGCUUGGUGGCCAUGCCAUAUACCUAGGACCUGAUGAUAUCCAGAUGGGUAAGCGGGAGGAAACUCGUGACGUUGCACGUGUCCUGUCUCGCUAUAAUGAUAUUAUUAUGGCUCGAGUUUUUGCUCAUCAGGAUAUUCUAGAUCUUGCUAAAUAUGCAAGUGUCCCAGUGGUCAAUGGUUUGACAGAUUACAACCAUCCUUGUCAAAUAAUGGCUGAUGUGCUCACGAUAAUUGAACACGUUGGUCAACUGGAAGGAAAAAAGGUCGUUUACGUUGGAGAUGGAAACAAUAUUGUUCACUCCUGGCUGUUAUUGGCAUCAGUUGUUCCUUUCCAUUUCGUGUGCGCUUCGCCUACAGGUUAUGAGCCGGAUGCAAGGACAACUAAGAGAGCACUAAAGGCUGGAGUUAGCAAAAUUGAGAUAACUAAAGAUCCAAAGGAAGCUGUUAAAGGAGCCGAUGUUGUGUAUUCAGAUGUUUGGGCAAGCAUGGGGCAAAAGGAAGAGGCUGAAUAUCGCCGUCAAGUGUUUCAAGAGUUCCAGGUGAAUGAAGAGCUAAUGGAAUUAGCUGGUCCAAAUGCCUAUUUUAUGCAUUGUUUACCAGCUGAAAGAGGCGUGGAGGUUACUAAUGGGGUCAUUGAGGCCCCAAACUCUAUUGUCUUCCCCCAAGCUGAGAACCGGAUGCAUGCACAGAAUGCAAUCAUGCUUCACGUCCUUGGGUUAUGA